CACCUGAACGCAGCACCCGUCACGUUGUGAUGACAACACGCCGGGUCCGUGAACGCAGCACCCGUACAUGUCAAGGGUAAUAAUGGCCGGCGGCUUCGCCCGAGACGAGUUAGUUAUUAAAGUUUAGAUUAAUUUAGCUCACUGAAGUUACAGACGCCCCCGCUUUCGUCGGCAUUUAUAUAUUUAUUUAUCUAUCCGUUUUAUUUUUCCGCCACCCUCAAACUGGGCAGACGCUGAAUUCCCCGCUGAUUUGUAGAACUUUGUGACUGUUCCUGAACUUGUUGGUGUGUUUCCUGCUGUAAGUGGUGCGGGGCCGGAUGGCCGGGCUGUAGCCGGGCUGUAACCGGGCUGUAGCCCCGCCAGCCCCGCCAUGGGGCUCCGCUGGUCCCGCAGCGGCAGCGGCCGCCUGCUGCUGCCGGGCAGGCAGCGCUCGGCCCGGCCGGAGGAGGACGGAGCCUCCGGCGGCUCCGGCUCCGGCGACGACGACUCCCUGGACGGGCUCGGCCGGCGGGACGACAUCGCGGAGUUCCCGUACGUGGAGUUCACGGGCCGGGACAGCAUCACCUGCCCCACCUGCCAGGGCACCGGCAGGAUGCCCUCAGAACAAGUGAACGAGCUGGUAGCUCUGAUUCCUUACAGCGACCAGAGACUGCAGCCCCAGCGGACGAAGCUGUACGUGGUGCUGUCCGUCGUGCUCUGCCUCCUGGCGUCUUCGCUCGUCGCCUUCUUCCUCUUCCCGCGGUCGGUGGUGGUGGAGGAUGCUGGGAUACGCUCGGUGACCGUGCAGUUCGACCACUCCAAGACCAGGGUCCUGAUGAACCUGACGAGCACGCUGAACUUCAGCAACCCCAACUUCUUCUCGGUGCUGGUGCAGAGCGUGAGCUGCCAGGUCCUCUACAUGAAGACGGUGAUCGGGACUCAGCAGCUGGACAACGCCACCAGCGUGCUGCCGCUCAGCACCAACCAGGUGAACUACACGGUCAGCGUGGAGAUCGGCAGCAGCGCGCCCUACGUCUAUGCCUUCUGCACCAUGCCGAGCAUCAAGGUCCACAACAUCGUCAUAUUCAUGCAGACGACGGUGAAAACCUCCUACAUGGUGCGGACGUCCCAGAACAGCCUGGAGGCGUACCGCUACAUCGACUGUGGCUCCAACUCCACCUACCACCAGCACCCGGGGGUGGGGGGGCCCGAGCGGCUGGGCGCCGGCCCGCCGUGAGCGGAACCGAGGGGCGGGGGGGACUCGGACAGAAUCCAUCACAUUUAAGAUGGAGGUUUGCUUUUCCAAGUGGUUUGUGAUGCUGCGGAUGUUUCCAUGGCAACGCCGAGCUGAUUCCUUGUUUGGGCUUGAACGACUGUUGCACUGGUGUGGUGAAUGACCCCCCUAACCCCAACCUACCCCUGUUUGCACCUUUUGAUCUGAGACGUCUUCUUCUGCUGCUGUUUGAAGUUACAUUUGUCACCGAUGGUUUUACCAAGUCUAGAGGUUGUUUUUCCAGCAAAAACAACAUUUACAUGCACAGAUUUUUAGUAUUACUAUUUUUAGAGUCAGAAAGGAAUAAAGUUCCCAGACUUGAGUUUUACUUCAAAUUUCGUGUCUCGGUGGUUUCGUAGUCAUUCCCUCAUCCCACGAAAAUUUUAAGGGAUUUCAUUGCCGAGUUCCACUUAUGUCACAAGGGGGCAGGGCUUGCUUGUUACAGCGUGGUCUGGUUUCCAUGGAAACGCAGAGAUUGCUUUUUUUUAAGGGAAUGUUGGUGGAAGUUUUCAAGGAUUUUGUUGUUUUUUAUUAAAGGCGGCAUAAUGUUUCCAGCUUGGUUGUAAUUUUAAAAACAUGUUAAAAGGGAUUUAUUAAUAAAUAAGAUUUAUGAAGAUAA